AAAUAAUAAUGAUGUCAUAUUUGAUAGUUGUUCUUUUUAUAGUAAUGGUUUUUGGAGUGGAUCCUCUAGGAGAUAAAGUAGUGUUUCCAGGUUGGGGUAAUUAUAGCUUCAAUACUUAUUCUGGAUAUAUUUCAAUAGGAUCAGGAUAAAGGUAAAUAUAUAUAUAAAGAAAUAUAGAUAACUACAUUAUGUAUUUUUAGAAAGCUAAAGUGAUCCAUCAACAGAUCCAGUAGUUUUAUGGUUGAAUGGUGGUCCAGGAUGCUCAUCAUUAUUAGGAUUAAAUGAAGAAAUUGGACCUUUUGUAAUGGUUGAUGAAGAUAGAGUAUUUAAGAAAAAUCCUUAUUCAUGGAAUAGAAUAGCUAAUUUGUUAUUUUUAGAAUCACCUGCAGGAGUUGGAUUUUCAAUAAAUAAUGAUCCAUUUUAUGUUUAUAAUGAUACCAAUUCUGGAGAAGAUAAUUAUUAAGCAAUUUUGAGUUGGUUUAAAGCUUUUAAAUAAUAUUAAGGAAGAGCAUUUUAUAUUGCAGGAGAAUCUUAUGCUGGUAUUAUAUAUAUAAUAAUUAUAGGAAUGUAUAUACCAUAUACAUCAAGAUCAAUUUUAGAAGGAAAUAAAUACAGUGAAUUAAAGAUUUCAUUAAGAGGAAUAAUGAUAGGAAACGGAUUAUUAGUAUCAGAUCCUAAGAAACGGUUCUAUGCAUUAUAAGAAUAUUUCUUAAGAAGAAAUUUUAUGCCUCCAACAACUAUGAAUACAAUUAGGAAAAUUUGUAAAGUAGCACCUGAAUCUAUUAAAUGUUUAUUGGCAUAAAGUCAUUUUGAAGAAGUUUGUUUAGGAUCUAAUAUUAAUAUUUAUAAUGUCUAUGGAUAUUGCAAAGAAGACACUACUCCUGAUUUUUUAAAAUCUAAAUAUGAAUCUAAAUAGAAAAUUAAAUAUCCUUAUGUUCCAUGGUUUGAAGGAAAUAAGAUAUAAAAUAAUAAUAAAGAUAAUGGUGCUCCUUGUACAGAUUUUGGACCUAUCACUGAAUAUUAUAAUAGAUAAGAUGUUUAAGAAGCUCUUCAUAUUCAAGAUUAACCAGCAUUUUGGAAUGCAUGCAAUCUUUAAAUUAAUGAAAAUUAUAAUAUUAAUGAAGCUGGUAGCUAUAAAAUAUUAGCAUAAUUAAGAGAUGAAUAUGGUUAAUAAAUCUUAAUAUAUUCUGGUGAUUUGGAUGCUAUUGUGAGUGUUGUAGAUACUGAAUAGGCUAUACUUAUGGUACCAAAUAUUAGAGAAACUACUCCUUGGAGACCUUGGGGAAAUUCAGAUUUAGAUCUUGCUGGAUGGGUUACUUAUUAUGAUAAACUUACCUUUGUAGUUGUUAGAGGAGCUGGACAUGUAAAUAUUUAUUAUUAUUUAGAUGGUACCAUAAGAUCAAAGAUAAAAUAGCUUUGAAUUAUUCAACAGUUUCAUUUACAAUUUAAUAUUACCAGAACAUAAUCAUCUAUCAUCAUAAGAAUGAGGUUUUUAUUACAUAAUUAUUCAUUUUACCAAAAUUA